AUGUCGCUCGACCUGGACUGGACGCUGCUCGACUCGGAGCUCUCGACGCGCCUCCUCUCGACGCUCAACCGCGCCCUCGAGUCGGGCGGCUCCAAGCGCCCCUCGUUCCUCGGCGACAUAGCCAUCACCUCGCUCGAGUUUGGCGCGCACCCGCCCGACGUCUCCAUCCGCCAUGUCGGCGAUGUAUGGACCGACUUUGUCACCCACGACGACGUGCCCGCCAUCGCCGCCGUGCCCGAGCACCCGCUCGGCAACGCGGCGCAAGCUAGGACAAGAAGGACGACGCCCGACACGUUCGAUGCGCCGUCUCGCCCCUCCGUGUCGCCAGAGUCGAUCAUGCACGAUCAGCCAUACGGACCCGGCCCCGAACUUGCGUCGCCCGGCACACUGCCGUUCCGGACGUAUACCCAGUUCAACGACGCGCAGCCCCCGCACCGCGUCCAGGGACCGCCCAGCGUCUUUUCGGGGUCCAUGGCCGCUUCGACGCCCGGAUCCGUCCUCCCCUCUCCCUACCUGCCCCACCACCAUAGUCAGCAGCAGCAAUGGAGUGCCGCGCUCGCAUCGAGGGGCAUCCGAGCCGCCGGUUCCGUCGCAUCCGGGCCCGGGCCGCAGCAGCCCUCGGGUCCCAACUCGCCCGAUGCGCUCCCGGCCUCGAUCCCACCGCAGUCGCCCGGCUACUUUGGGCACUGGCAGAAUGCCGCCGGUGCCGGUGCCGGUGCCGGCGCCACUGCGGCCAGCUCGAGGAAGACCAGCUACGAUGCGGCCACGACGUCGUCGUCGUUCCUCGGCCGCGGCGUAGGCCCGUCGUCGAGCAUAUCCAACGUCCUGCCGCGCCCGCCGACUCGGUCGGAACGCGGCCGCUUCCCCGCCGCCGCGGCUGGCGGCGCGCCGCACCACCACCAAUACCACCCGGCCUCGCACCGUCCCCACCUGCGGUCAGGACAGACGACGACCUCCUCGUUCCGCACCCACUCGGGCGGCGGCGGACCGACAUCACCGCCGCCGUACCUCGGCGGCCCGUCCGCUGCCCACCUGCGCCAGGAUACAGACGCUCAAGAUGGCGCGGCAACGACGACGACGACGACGACGACGAUGCCAUCGAUGCAGCUCCAUUUUUCGCUCAACUGGCCCACGACGACGUUCCGACUGACGAUCCAGACGUCGCUGCUCAUCAACUACCCGAGCCCGGCGUUUAUGUCGUUGCCGUUGCAGCUGAGCGUGACGGGAUUCGUGAUGCGGUGUGGGCUGAUCUUGUCCAUCGAGGGGGAGAAGAGGAGGGUACACGUGUGUCUGCUCGAACCCGAUGAGGAGGAGGAGGAGGAGCAGGGGGACGAGGGUGAUGGUGUGGUGGAUGAGAUGGUGCCGGGGGAUGGUGGAGCGGGGUGGAGGAGACGUACGACCUAUACCGUCCCGCGGCCCGUCAUCCCAGCCGCGGGGGCGGGGGCGGGAGCGGGAGCGGGCAUCAAGACGACGCCACCCUCGGCGGGAACGCGGAUCCUGCCCUCUCUUUCCUUCGAGAGCGAGGUGGGACAACCGGACAAGCACGCCCUCAAAAACGUGGGCAAGGUCGAAAAGUUUAUCGCCGAGGUGCUCAGAAAGGCCAUCGAGGAUGAGCUCGUCUUUCCGAAUUACUAUACCAUCGACCUCCCACCACCUUGA